AUGAGUACAGUACCAAAAGAGCGCCUGUCUAAAGCGACAACAUCCACUGCAAGUGCAACGAUGGCCCAACAAACACCACCUCCACCACCUCCAUCGUCAGCGGGUAAUCUGCGAACAUUCCACGGACAGCCGAUUCUCGUCGGCCAGCUUCCCGAGGACUUUCUCCGCAUUGACGGCCAAGCUCCUGGUCAAGCCCCAUCAGGAAAUGCUGGCCACCAGCAGCAGCAGCACCACCAGCCCCAGCAACACCGUCCACCAGCGAGCCAAAUCGAAAUCGACCAGCAGCUGGCCGCCUCGCUGCAGCAGCAGUACGACCACCAGGCGCAGCGGCGCGCCCAGUGGGCCUCCCAGUACCAGGCCCAGCUGGUGAUCACCGUCGUCGAGGCCCGCCUGGUGAAGAACUACGGCCUCGUCAACAUGAACCCCUACAUGCGCAUCCGCCUCGGGCACACCAUCUUUGAGACUAAGACGAGCCAUAAGGGCGGCAAGAAUCCAAAGUGGAACGAAUCGAUUCGGUGCUACCUUCCCACGGGCAUCGACACGCUGUCGCUGGAGAUCUACGACGAGUGCAUGCUCAGCUCUGACGACCUGGUCGCCUGGGGCACCUACCAGAUUCCCAUCCAGCACCUGACCUUUGCGGAGAACGCCACGCAGAACACCUUCGAGGAGACGAUCGUCCUCUCGGGCAAGCAGGGCGACGACAAGGAGGGCAUCGUCCUGAUGGUCUUCACCAUCAAGCCGAUCACCGCCGGUAGCAUGCCGCCCACGGCCAUGGCCACCAACCAGUACGUACCGGCUCCCAUCUACCCCGCCCCGCUGGGUCCUUACGUCUACGGCGGCAGUCACUUCGUCAACCCAUCGGCGGUCAUUGUCCACCAGUCCGGCGAGCCGGCGUCUGCCCUUCUACCAGGCAGCGCCCAACCAGCAACAAUGCUACUACCACCGGCGAAUCAGCCCAUCAAGGAGGAGGACAUCAAGACGCUGCAGGAGAUGUUCCCCAAGAUUGAGCUGGAGGUAGUCAAGUCGGUGCUCACCGCGGAGCGCGGCAACCUCGAUCGGGCGAUCAACAACCUGCUGGAGCUGAACUCCACCACAUGA